AUGCAUUGCGUGCAUCGUAAAGAUCCAAAAUGGCGGGAAUAUAGGGACUGUUCUCCCGGGCUGUUCUCGAAAAUGGCGGAUAGCAGGGUUUCAUCGUGGAAAGAAGACAAUCUCCUUAAAGGUGCACUGCAGAAGUAUGUCAAACAAGGCCUCAAACGCGAAGAAGCGAUCGAUUUUUUACGGAGAGACUUUCCUCAAUACGCCUGGAGUAUCCGAACACUCGACAGACGUUUACGCCAUUUCGAAGUUUAUUACAGGGAUGACACUGUUUCGGUUGAAGAUGUUAAAGAGGCUGUUAAAAAGGAAUUGGAAGGACCAGGAAAGCUAUUGGGAUAUAGAAGCAUGCACAAGAAAAUAAGACAAAAAUAUGACUUGUUAGUUACGCGAGAUCAAGUUUACGAUGUGAUGUCUGAUCUUGACCCCGAUGGACUUGCUGCUCGCGGAGGCGUUGGAGCUAAGAAGGCAAGGCGAAAGAAAGGAAACUUCUCUUCGAAAGGACCAAACUGGGUCCACUCCCUGGACGGUCAUGAUAAAUUAAUGGGUUUCCAAAAUUCCACAUUUCCGAUUGCUAUUUAUGGCUGCUUAGAUACAGCCAGCAGAAAGCUGCUAUGGUUGCGAGUUUGGAAUAAGAACUGUGACCCGCAAUUGAUUGGUUGUUGGUACUUGGAGCAUAUAAUGGAGACCAAGGUAAUUCCUGCGAUGAUCAGGAUCGACAAAGGUACAGAAACAGGCACCAUGGCCACAAUUCAUGCCUUUCUUCGUAGACAUCACACUGACGUUGUGGAUCCUGCAGACACAAUUUUGUAUGGUCCAUCAACUUCAAACCAAGUAAGUAAGCUCAUCUCUCAAGUGCUGUCUAAUUAUAUUAUGUGAGUGUGCCAAAUUAGUUAACGAGUCUUUCGGUGACUUUAUUUGAGUGCCAGGAAAAGUAUUAUUGUUGUUUGUUAUUUCAUCAUUCCCUCAGUAACAAGUAAUAUUUUAAUCCACCCUAUCAUCUGAUUUCCGGCAAAUGCACAUUUCACAAAAUGUCAUUUAAAAAAACGUUUUCCUCUAGAUCGAAAGAUGGUGGAAAGAAUUACACGAAAGAAUGGAAAAAUUUUUCAAAAGUCAGUUAAGAUGGCUUAAAGAUCAAGGGCAUUAUGACCCACAUGAUGAUAUUGACAGGUGAGAAUGGGCAAGUCUCCCCUCCACCUCCACCUCCACCCCACACGCACACAUACACAGGCUAUUCAUUUCAAGGGUUUGUUUUAAACUCCAAAAGUGACAUUGAGUUAUUGUUUUAGAAUAUGUUGCAGUUUUGCUAGGGCAUGGCACGUGGGUGAUUGAAAGCUCAAUCAACAUAAACAUUAUUUUGCCUAAAGUUAAUAUACAUACAUUUUUUAUAACAAAUUAAUUAAUUUCUGUGUGAAUGCAAUAACACAUCCCCUCCCCCUAAAGCUUAUAUAUACUCGAGUCAAAUAGAUAUGGUUGAGGGGGCCCAGGAAAAAUUUUUGUUAGGGAACCCCCCCCCCCCCAAAAAAAAAAAAAAAAAAAAAAAAAAAAAAACUUGCUGGCUUAUAUAUUGUAAUUGAAACUACCUAUACACCAAGGUGUUUGUUACCUUUGCUUAUUUUGUUUUCCUACAUAGGAAGCUUCUUUCUUUUAUUAUGGUUCCUGUGGUUCAGAGAGAGCUAGAUACAUUCAAGGAGAUGGUGUGGAAUUCCCACAGGAUCAGAGCCCAGAAGGACACAGUUUUACCAGAUGGGGUCCCAAACCAUAUUUACAGUUUUCCUCAGAAAUAUGGGCUUGAAGAAUGCGGUAAAAAAAUUAUAAGGUUUUGUCAAAACUGGUUUUGGGAUAUUUCUGUUUUAUUCAAAGUGAACUAUGGCAUAGUUAUAAUGCUUCAACAAUCAACCAAUGAUAAUUUAUUUGUAGAAAUUUCAAGGCAUAAUUUUAUUGCCCAGAAGGAAAUUAUUUGUUGCUAAAAUCUUUGGGCCUGAAAGUCGCAUAUCUAUAAAAACCUAAUGUGGUGCUGACACUGCCAGUCACACUAGAUGAUGAAUGCUAACAUUGUUUUCUAUUGGCAAUGUGCAGGUCUUCAAGUAACUGAUGAUCAACUAAAAGAAGCUGCUGUCCAGUCAGGCAUCCUUACUGUUGAUGAUGACUUUCUCGCCCCUGAGUUCAGAGCAGAGUGUGAACGAAUCAUUGACACUGACCGUGGAUGA